GGCGUUUACACUGAAAAAGAGUGACCGGAAUCCAUCUUCUUUUGAAGGAACGUAUUCAACACAGGUUCCAGCCAGACAUAUACCAGCUUUGGAAGCAAGGGAAAGAUGGGUCCCCUAUUGACCACACAGCCAACUCCUGGGUCCACACCAGAGCUCCAGAGCUGGCUCAACAGAAGGAAGAAAGCAGGGACACCAUCUAAAAGCAGCCUCUAUCACCCACAAUCUCGAUCUAAAAAGCCUAAAACUCCAGAGGAGGAGACAGCAGCCAGAAAGCCAGUAGUUACAGAAACCGCAGCCAUUGGAGCAGUUACAGAUGGCUUCAAGGUCAAGAGAGAGCCGGAGAGGACAGCAGAGAAAGGGAAGCUGCGAGAGGCAGGGUUGCUGACUGGUGAAGGAGAGGCAAGCAUUAGUGAAAUCCAGCAGGAUUACAAGCCAUUGGAUACAAUCCAGUUCUCAGGGGAGAACCAGACAGGAUGGAGAGGAAAGAAGUGCAGAGAGAAAAUAAAUGUGGGAGUGGAGGAGAAGUUCAGGAUUCUCAAGAACAAUUCCGGAGACUUCAGCCCAACCCGGCUCCUCCUUUUCUCUUGCUGCUCAGUGAGUGUAGGAGGGGAGCAGCAGUCUCACACUUUGGCAGAUUGUAAAGAGAUAGAUACUCAAGCAGUUUGCAAUGAGGCAAUCUUUCAUAUCCCCACCAUUUCUGAUGAUGAAUGUCUAGCUACAACAGUCCAAGAUGAAGCAAAGUCUCAGAUCCCAGCAGGCAGUAAUGUUGUAGAUUCUAACAGUACCACAGUGUGUAAUGAAGACAAUUAUGAAAUCCCAGCAAUCUGUGGAGUAGACAGUUUUUUCAAUGGUGAGGCAAACUCUUUAAUGCCAAUGUUAAGCGAUGAACUGAAACCUCACAGCCCCAUGGAUUACAAUGAAGUUACUACAGUCAGCAUGGCUGAAAUUACUCUGUCCCCAGAAUGUAGUAGUAUGUUGAAUUUGAUAAUUACAGCUCAGACUGAUAAAGUACAGUUCCCCACUUUAGUUAGUAAAGGGGUCAAUGCCACAACUUCAUCACGUAGUGGUAGGGUGCAGUUUCAAACUCUGCAACUGUGAUGUAAACUCUGUAAUUCCAGCACUCAGUAAUGAACUGAAUACAUUAAUGCCAGAACUAUGAUUUGAGGUACAAUCUAAUCAAUCACCAGUUAGUGAAGAGGUGCAGUUUUUAACUCUAGCAAGCGGUGAUGAGACAAAACCUCCCGGUGCCACAGCAGUCUGCAGAGAGGAACACUCUCGACCCCAAGUGAGUGGGGUACAUUCUCUAUCAAGUCUCAAGGUUUAGUCUGCAGCUCCAGUAAUUAUCAAUGAGAUGCCAUGUCUAACUAAAGUGCAUUGUGAUGAGGUAAAACUGCACAGUCCCACACCCGCAAUCAAAUAAAUCCACCGGACUUGACGCACUGCAUGGAAGAUGACUCUUGGUCCCCCUCACUCAAUUCUUAAGCUCCAGUACUUACUGAUGCAUUCCAAUCUCCAACGCCGGCCAGCUGUGCUGAAGUGCUGUCUAUGACUGGUGAUACACAGUGUUUAACUCCAGUAUUUAAUAAUGAGGCGCCAUCACUAAUUCAUCCAGGAGUUAGUAAUAAAAUACACACUCAAUCUCAAGCUUUAAGUGAGAAAGUAAAGUCUCUAUCUCCAGCACCUACUUAUGAAGUGAACACCUUACCUUUUGUACCAAGAGAUGAGGCAAACAGCAAUAAGUUAGGAGGUCCAGUAUUUGUCUACUACACUCAGUAAUGAGGUGAACACUGUAGCUUCAGUACUUUGUAAAGGCUUGACCUCUUUAACCCCGGCACCUAAUAGUACAGUGAACACUGAAACUCAAGUAGUUACUGAUGGACUUGAAUCUCCAAGGCCAGUUUGUGAAGAAGUCAAACCCCUUAGCCAUAAUGAGGUAAGGUCUCAGGCUCCAAUGAUCUGGGAUGAUCUAAAUUCUCAGACACCAACAGUUUUAAUUGAGAGCAUGAACCCAGAAAUCCCAGCUGUCCUGGGUGAGGCAAAGCCUCAAGACUGAACAGGUUUCUGUGGUGUGAAUUCUAGAGCACCAGCAUUUUGGAAUGAUAUGACAUCUCAAGCUUCUGUAGCUUGGUGUCACUCAAAAUCCCAAAUCCUAGAGGAUUUCAAUCACAAGAAGCAUCGCAUUUGGAGGGAGCAUGACUCCCAGAGGGCAGAUACCUCUGCUGCAGAGGCUUUGACUCUCUGCAGUAAGGUGACUCUGCAAGGAACAAAGACUUCUGCUGCAGAGAAUCUAACCCUUUAAAGUGAGUUGACUACCCAAAGAGACCUGGGACACUGAGGUCCUGACCCUUUACUAUGACAUAACUCCCCAGAGGACAGCAACCCAAGAUAAGGGCUUGCAUAACAACUGACCCAGAAAUCGAACACCCAAGAGAGGAAGAGACCAGCAGUGUUUCAACAGAAGAGGAUGACAUGAGCGACAUUGAGAGUGGAGAGAAUGGACUGGAGCCUGCAGGGAUACCCAGUUUUCCUAAUCAGGUCAUGAUUGAAGUGGGAGGAAAUAAGAAGGCUAAGAGUUGGUAUCUUCCACUAUGCACACCUCAAGCGAGAACUCCAGUCACUGCAGUGAAACAACAGGUGCUGAGAGAUUGAGCAAAACGACAAGCAUGAAGAAAGCAGAGUAGUUAUGGAGUCAGUUGCUGUCUCAGUGCAGGCCAUAAAGGGCAUCAAGACCAAACCCCUCAUUCCAGAGGUUUGUUUCUCAAUACAGAGAGAACAGCGAACCCUGCCCUCCCAGCUCCCUCCAGGAGGAAAAUGGAUCAAGUGUGCUCAUCUCCUGGAGGAGAUGCCUUGUACAGCUGCAUGCAAGCUGCUACGGUGUCGUCCCUCAGGAAAUUCAGAGUAACUGGUCCUGCAAUCGUUGUGUGAUUGCGCCUGGACAGCAGAGUGCUGUCUCUGCAAUUUGAGAGGUGGAGCACUGAAGCAAACUACUGACAACAAGUAAGCAUACCUGUCAACUCUUGCGGGUUUCUCGUAU